AUGGGUGAAGUUGAAAAGGGCAGGAAGGUUUUUGUUCAGAAAUGUUCCCAGUGCCACACUGUGGAAAAGGGAGGCAAGAAUAAGACUGGACCAAACCUCCAUGAUCUGUUUGAGGAAAAGACAAGUCAGGUUUCUGGAUUCUCUUACACAGAUGCCAACAAGAACAAAUACGUCACCUGGGAAGAGGAUGCCCUGAUGGAGUAUUUGGAGAAUCCCAAAAAGUACAUCCCUGGGACAAAAAUGAUCUUUGUGGGAAUUAAAAAGAAGGAAGAAAGGACAGCCCUGAUAGCUUAUCCUUAA